AUGAAAGUUUUGUUUAUUUUUGUUGGAGUAAUUUUUGCAAUCUUCUUUAAAAUAGCAACAGACUUAGAUUUUUUCAAACCUGUAGGGAGUUACAAUGAAUAUGGAAAUUGUAAAUACUUAAAGGAGGAUAUAAGAGGACCAGAAGAUAUGACUUAAUUUAAUUCCACAACAAUAAUAAUAGGUUCAGGAAAUUUCUAAAAAGUUUAUGCUAGAGGAAAACCAGAGUUAGAAUAAUAAGGAAUUUAUGCAAUUAUAAAUUCUAAUAAAAAGCACUAUAGUGUUAUAAAACUUUAGUUGAAAAACUUUCCAAAAGAUGUGGCUUUAUAUAUUCAUGGAAUAUAUUUAAGGAAAUAGAAAGAUGGAAAUUAUUUAUUUGUAAUAAAUCAUGCUUAUCAUAAUGGAGGUGAAAGAAUUGAAGUGUUCAAAAUAGAUGAAUAAUUAGAAUUAACUUAUGUUCACUCAAUUAUUAUGGAUGAAUAGUAUACAGGAAUUUUGAAUGAUUUGAUUGUGAUAGAGGAUAAUCGUUUUUUAAUUACAACUUAUAUGCCAUUACCUGAUCCUAAAUAAGGUAGACAUACAGCCGAUGCUAUGCAUAUCUUAAAAACCUUAUUUUACUAAUUGACAAAAUAGAAGACAACAUAUAUAUUGGAUUGUAGAUUUACAAAAGGGAAUACUUUAAUUCAACCUAUAUGUAAAUAAAUACCCAAUACAUCAGGAAUAAUGAGAAAUGGAUUAACUUGGAAUAAAAAGGAUUUAGUUUGGGUAGCAGAUUCAGUUGAGAAGGGAUUUACUGAAUAUUAGAUGAAAGGUGAUGAAUUGAUAUUUAAGAGAUUUGUUCCAGUUUAGAAUGGAGUAGACAAUAUAGAAUAUUAAGAGGAGAGCAAUUCAUUAGUAAUUGGGUUGAUUCCAAAAUUAUAUAAUUAUUUUUAAUUGGAUCAUUUUGUUAAGAAUAACGAUUUAGAUAGAUAAACUAAUUUUGAGUAUUGGGGUGCAAUAGGUGUAUAUGAUUUAAACAAAGAUUAAUUAAGAAUCAUAUCUUAGAAUAGAUAUUUGUCUAAGGGACUUGCUGGAGGAUUGGUUAGUGGAGAUAAUCUAUUUUUGGGAAGUUGGUGUGAUGUGUCUGUAAUGGUUUGUUAGAAAAUUUGAAU